GGCGGGACGGUGCAGGCGCAGAGUGCGGGGGUUUGGUAGAAGAUGAUUUAAAGAGACAGAAGUCGCCGGGGCUUUAGCGGACGGUCCCGGAGACCUUUCGCACCCUUGAGUCAUCGGGACCCGGGUCCCCAGAGCGGGGAAGAUGGUUUGCGGCGGCUUUGCCUGCUCCAAGAAUGCCCUGUGUGCGCUCAAUGUGGUCUACAUGCUGGUGGGGCUGCUGCUGAUCGGGGUGGCCGCCUGGGGCAAGGGUUUGGGGCUGGUGUCCAGCAUUCACAUCAUCGGGGGAGUCAUCGCGGUGGGCGUCUUCCUCCUCCUCAUUGCCGUGGUUGGUCUCAUCGGUGCUGUCUACCACCACCAAGUCCUGCUUUUCUUUUAUAUGAUAAUACUUGGUUUGGUUUUCAUCUUCCAAUUUGGAAUCUCUUGUUCCUGUCUGGCAAUUAACAGAAACACACAGAAAGAUGUCAUCAGCACCUAUUGGUUGGUCAUGAAUAAUAAAAGCCGGAAUGAACUAGAGACAAGUUUGGAUUGUUGUGGCCUCUUCAACUCUACAACUUUAUACUUCCAGGACUACGCCUUCUGCACAGCACUCUGUAAGACCCAUAGCCCGAAAUGCCAGGUUUGUGGAGACAAGUUCCUUAAGCAUUCAGAUGAAGCACUGAAAAUCCUGGGGGGCGUUGGACUGUUCUUCAGCUUUACAGAGAUCCUAGGUGUGUGGCUAGCAAUGAGAUUCCGGAAUCAGAAGGAUCCUCGAGCGAACCCCAGUGCCUUCUUAUAAAGAUCUUUGAUGUCCUUGACUCUUCUUUUUCCCACUCUCCCUCAUGGUGGGGACCCAUGGGCCUUUUUCCAUGUAAGGAAGUAGGAAGAGGCCCCUCUUUGUUACAACCCCUAAGCUGAUUGGACAGUUAGGCUUCUGUCCUUGACAUGAUGUUUUGGGGACAGGCAGAGUUGGGAAGAUUCUGAGCACACCCCUAUAACCCCAGGAAAGGGGAUACUAUUUAUCAAGUGCAUGUGAUUGAAUGGGGCAAGAAGGAAGCCCCCUACAAACUCCAACCCUGCUAGCCUCCUCUGAGACUGGCUUGAUCUGUCUUAUCCUGCCCAGGAUUUCUGAUCUCCAAGGUUAAUCACAGCCAAUCACCCAGAAUGGAAGCAAUUUUCUUGGGGUCGGAUGGGUGGGUAAGGGUCCUCCAAAGGUGACAACUUUCUAAUGUCACUGAGAGAAUAAGCUUUGUAUUUUUGGAUAGUAUAGUGAAUGUAAAAAAAUAAAAACCUUUUUAACCCUGUA